AUGGACGACCCGUCUUCACAACUACAUCUCGAAGUUCGCGACUCCAUCGUUCGCGCUCUCGCAACGCGCCGACCUAUCCUCCACCACUUAAACGCCGACACGUCCUGGCUCCUCCAAAUACCACGCCCAGCGAAUGCAGUUAAACAUGGGAGCCGAAUAUACUACAAUGUUUUGAUCGAUCCGUGGUUUGUUGGCGGGCAGAGCGAUGUCGCAAAGUGGUUUAGUCAACAAUUCCACGCGACGGAGAGCGCUGUCAAGAGUGUUGCCGAAGUGGAGGAAUUGGCGCGACAGGUGGAGAUAAUGGCUGGUGGAUUGCGGUUCAAAGGGAAAGGGAGAAAAAGAAACAUAGAAGAGGUAGAGGAGGAGAGUUAUGUGGACUGUGUGGCUGUUAGCCAUGAGUUCACCGACCACUGCCAUAAGGAGACGCUUCUAGAGGUACAUCGUGAUGUGCCUGUUCUCGCGACAGAACAAGCAGCCAACCUCAUAUCCUCCUGGAACCACUUCCGCACCGUAAUAACAACACCCACCUUCACCGACAAUGCCGACUGGCACGACUACAGCCUCUCCCCACUCCCCUCAUGGCUCAGCAUAUCGCGUCUCACAGCGUCUGGAGACUCUCUUUACUACCACUCCGCGCUCCUAAUUACCUUCGCCACUCAUCCCUUUCUAUCGACAGCCACGCCUAAGAAACGUCUCUCGAGUCUUAGCAUAAAUGGUGAUGGAGCAGAAGAUAUUUCAUCUAAUAUCAACGGCGAAGAAGCAGAAUGUGUAAUCUACACACCACACGGCAUCCCUCACGAAGCCCUCAGCCCGAUAGCCAAAGCUGACCCACCACUACACACCCUCGCUUUUCUCCACGGACUACACGACGUCUCCAUAUCCUCCGCCCAGCAACUCAACCUCGGUGCGAAGAAUGGCGUCCUCGCGCAACGUAUACUGCGAGCAAAAUACUGGGUCGCGACGCACGAUGAAGUCAAGAAGGGCGGAGGCUUCAUAAGCUGGUUCCUAAGAAGAAAAGUCUGGACAGUAGAAGAUGCUUUGAAAGAGGCGAGGGCGGAUGAUGAGGGCGAAUUCGAAGAUGUGAGGUUUCAAGAUAUGAGGAAUGGAGAGAGUAGGAUCUUGGAAUGA